GUAUGGUUGAGUUCAAAAUGCAACUGAGACGCUCACAAGUGCCUUACCUCGAGAGGUAAGGCACCAAAAGCGUGAAUGCUGAAUCGUGCUUAUAUCCUAAUAGUUUCCAAGACGAAUGCUAUUUACGCAUUAUAUAGCAACAAGUGUCAAUCGUAAUAACCUAUCUUUUGUAUUAAUUAGAAAUAAUUGUAACUGUUUAAACUAAUAAAUAAAAAUUAAAUUAGUUACUAAAAAUGGCAAUGGUCUCACCUAAAUUAUUCUCAAUAAACAUAGAAGAUCCAAUUUCAAAUCAAAUGUACACGAUAUCUGUAACUGUUGAAGAAAUUCAACAGUUGAGCGAAGAUCCUUAUUUUGCUAGUAAAAAAUUGGAAGAAGCAAAAAGUUUUGAGUAUGCGAAACAAAUAAGUGAUGAAAAUCCGGAAUCUGUGGAAGCUCUUGAUGGAGAAAUGGAUUUUGAUGAGUUCAAUGAGGUUAAUGCAUCAGAUGGUCCAGAUGACUGUACAGUUGAAGAUUCAGUGUUCAAAUGGCCUCACGAAGCAAUACUCAUGCUUAUAGAAGAGUACAGAACAAAUGAAAACAAUUUCACAACCGGAAAAAUUUCACAAAAAAAACUUUGGAAAAAUGUAAGUGAUCAACUCAAUACCUAUGGACAUAAAAUAACUGGACCGCAAUGUCAAUCAAAAUUUUCGGGAUUAAAAAGAACUUACAAAAAAAUUAAAGACCACAAUAAUAAAUCUGGCAAUUCUGCAAAAACUUGGCCUUACUUUACGCUAAUGGAUGACCUACUAGGAGCUAAACCAAAUAUAACUCCGACAGCAACGUGUUCAUCAACUGGGAAGAGAACACGAUCGAAUUCUACAUGUAGCAGUGUAAGCUCUGAAAAUGAAUUAGAUGAAACAGCAACGAUAGUUAAAAAGUCAAAAUGUAAGCAGCCUAUCGACAAGUUAUUGGAUGUUUUAGAAGAACGCUCAAGUAUCCAAGAAGCUAAUAAAGAUCGUAGAUUCCGCGAAUUAUUGGCAUUUAAGGAACGUAAGAUGGAGGAAAAUCUGGAAUUAAAAAAAAGAGCUGUCGAAUUGUUAGCACAAAUAGUUAACCGUCAACAACAAUUUUAA